AUGUUCCGUAUGUUCAGCGAGCUUAAGCAAAGGACAAGUGCAUUUGAGGCCAUGGUUUCGGAUUUAGAGGAAAACCUGGAAACGAGUAGUGAGAAAAAUUUUCCCAAAUCAUGUAAGGAUAUCAAAAUUAGCAGUCCUAACUCAACGUCUGGAGUGUAUUGGAUAAAACAUACAGCUCGCGACCAUAAUGCAUUUCGAGUUUAUUGUGAUAUGAUCACUGAAGGAGGCGGUUGGACGUUAGUUUAUAGCUACAGAUUCACGAACUUCACGAAUUUUUUCUCCAUAACAAAUGCUGUGACCCCUCGUCCAAACUGGUCCGUUAAGGAUGCUAGCGUACCAGUGUCCACAUCACCACCUUUAAACGAGUGGUCUCCGGGUGCAAUUGAUUACAACUUGUGGCAUGAAAUUGGAAAUGAUUUUAUGGUGAAGUCAACUAUCAAGGAUUUGAUUAACAAUUGCAGUCUGGUCGUUCCACGCAACGGUUAUAUCAGUUGUAAGAAUAUCAAAAAUGUUGCUACAAAAUGUACUGGAAUCGUCCCAAUCAAAAUAGCAUGGCAUAAAUAUGGUCCGUUCUUGUCAGCCUCUUCGGUGUUUUACGAUUUUGAACAUAACUCGCUGCAUGAUUGGCCAGCACAUGAUCCAUGUGGGAAGCGUAGACCGGAUCACAAGAAGGGAGUGAUCACUCCAGGUGGAGCAAUUUUCGUCCGCUAGCUGCAGAUCAUUUAUUAUAGAAAAGUAUUUAAAUAACAAUUUGUCGAACUGUAACUUAUUUGAGUCACGUUCUUAUUUUAUAACGGUAUCCUACAUACAUUCGCAAUACUGUAUUUAGGUAUAAUCCAUUUUUUUUGAAUUUCGUGCUUUUAUCAUCGUUGAAAUUUAACAUAAUUGCAAACGGUCGAAGAAUUUCAAUACAAA